AGCAGGCAAGGGAAGACGUUUGAUACCCACAGUACAGCAGCAAGAAAAUAACAAGAGAUCGACGAUAAACUGGCCCAUCGAAUACCUGAACAGAAAUACAGGCUGAGAUGUCCGCUACCACCAAUCAGCUUCAGCUUGGCUUUGACGUCUUUGCUUUAAUCUUUGGUGGCCUUGGCAACAGCCUCGUUAUCGCAGUCAUAUCGAACAAAAACCAAAAGAACGUCAAUGAUGUCUUCAUAAUYAAUCUUGCCAUUGCUGAUGUCAUGUUCAUAUUAAUGAGUAUUCCUGGUGACGUSAUGAGAGUUCURGCUAUAGCACCGCAUUCGUUGCUCUAUUGUUCGACAGUCCGACCCCUCGUAACCAUGUUCUUUUGCCUUGGCUUGUUUACCAUAACCGCAAUGUCCAUCUAUCGAUGUUACGUCAUUGUUCAUCCGUACCGCCCCAAGAUGAAGUUCAUGUACGCGUAUAUCUGGAUACUUAUUGUGUGGGCUCUUUCUUUUAUGACAUCGCUACCUGCUAUUAUCGUAGCAUCUGUAUCGACACGAGGUCGUUGCGAGGGAACAUGGAAAUCUCGAAAGUACAAAGACGCUUACAUCAUAUUUUUACUUUUAGCAAAAUGCAUCAUUCCAUUGUUGCUCAUCACGAUUGCUUACACCAGGCUUGGCUUCUUUCUCUAUCACAAUAAACCACCUCAAACAGAAAACAGCGCUUCAAACCAGAAAAGAAAUCGAAUCGAAAACAUCAAGAYUGUGAAAACCGUUGCUGCAAUUGUGUUGUUGUUCGCAGUGUGUACGACUCCACAUCAAACAGGCUGGGCCUUGCUUCAGUUCGGAGACGAAGAAGAAAAACAAAAAGGUAAAUCCAUAUUACGAAUAAGUCCCAUUAUCCAGAACCUUCACACGUGYGUGAAUCCACUCAUAUAUGCUAUAUCGAGAAGGUAUUACAGGCAAGAAUACAUUAAGUAUCUCAAAAMGUUUUGCUGUGCCUGCUGCAAGUGGAGCUCAACAGGUCGUGUCGAUCCUAGUACCUGCGACGAUUUAACUCAGCUGCCAAAUCAUWYAACACAUGCGAGAUGCCAUGAAAAUGGGGAAGCAUCCGGUGGAGAUGUUGCUCAGCUUGACAACAGAACGGUAUUGUGAGAUAAAGACAGAAAAGAAACGACUUUAUUUGAAAUGAUGCCCCUUUUAGUAGAAGAUGAAACCAUCAUUACCACUAUGCAUCAAUCAUCAUCAUCAUCAUCAUGCAUCAAUUAUCAUCAUCAUCAUCAUCAUGCAUCAAUCAUCAUCACCAUGCAUCAA